AUGUUGGAUAGCAUGGAUUUUAUGGCUGAGAAGGAAGAUGUGGAGGAAGUGGUGUGUUCUUUUGAUAAGGUGUUGUCGUUAACUAACGAAGAACAAGACGGCCUUCACAUUGAAUCAGAUGAUACGACAAUGAUGAACGAGCGGCUCCAUCUCUGUUUGGUAGGGACGGUACUCACUGAUCAAGGUUUCAACCGUGAGGCUUUCAAACAAACCAUGUUGAGGGCCUGGGGUACGAUGCGAGAGGUGGGUGUGAAGGACCUACGAGAUAAUCUUUUCUUAUUCACGUUCACAACUAUGCGGGACAAGGAGAUGGGUUCGGUUGGAGGAACCAAACCUCUUCGCAGAGUGAUGAAGCUGCAAUUUGACCACUCUUUAGAGGUAGUGAUUGAGUUCAAAUAUGAACGACUACUUGAUUUUUGUUAUGCUUGUGGGAGGAUUGGCCAUGUAGUCAAGGAGUGCAAAUUGGUGGGUGCCAUAGAGAAGGAAGCAAAAGAAAAGCCUUAUGGUUCUUGGUUACAUUCGAAGUUUGAGGUGGGGAGGGGGAGAACUAUCAGUCCAAGGAAGCAGGAGGAAGAGAGGAAUUGUCAACGAUCUUUUGGGAAUAAAGAAGGAGAUUGUUCAGGAGUAUGUGGAGAUAAGGGGCCUAGAGGUGGGCCACAUGGGCAUUAUUUUAAACAUAAGGAACAUGGUACUGGUGGUUCAGUUACAAUUGAGGAUGAUUUAGUUGACAAUGCAUCUUUGGCAAAUAGAUUCAAGUCCAAAAGGGGGGCGGUGAAGGGAGGAAUAAAUUCACAAUCUGUUAAGGGGAAUUCAUUGGCUGACAAAUUGGCUGAGGCUGCUCGCCGACGGAAGGCAGAAGAAGACGAAAUUCAACGAGUGUUGCGCGAGGCAGCUUGGGAGACAGCACAAGCAGUAGCUGCUGAUAAGUCAUAUACCAUGCCUAAAAUUCUGAGUGUUUAG